UCUCUCUCUCUAUAGAUUAUUACUAUAGGUUUGAAAUCUUGACUCUCUCUCUCUCUCUCCUUCAAUAUCCUCAUAGUGUCGACAUGUUUUGCCAGGACCAAGAGCCGUUGAUAACCAAAGUUUGCCAGCUAUACGACCAAAUCUCGAGGCUCUCCAGCCUCAAGCCCUCCAAAGAUGUCGACACUCUCUUCACACAGCUCGUCCUCACGUGCAUACCCCCCAACCCAAUUGACGUCAACAAGCUUUGCAAGCCAAUCCAAAACAUCCGCUCCAAUCUCAUUAGGCUUUGCGGUGAGGCUGAGGGCCAUUUGGAGUCCCACUUUUCCACCCUUUUAGCCUCUUACCAAAACCCACUUCAAAACCUCAACAUUUUCCCUUAUUACUCCAAUUACCUCAAACUUAGCCAACUAGAAUACAACAUCCUUAGCCAACACUUGACCAAAACCAAUAUUGACGACUCAAAAACGGCACUAAAAAUUGCCUUUAUUGGUUCCGGUCCCCUUCCUCUCACCUCGAUUGUCCUCGCCUCGAACCACCUCAAAACGGCGUCGUUUCACAACUACGACAUUGACCCCCUCGCCAACUCCAAGGCCGAGGCCUUGGUCUCCUCCGACCCUGACCUCUCCAACAGAAUGUUCUUCCACACUACUGACAUCAUGGACGUAACGACUGAGCUCGAGGAAUACGACGUCGUUUUCCUCGCCGCUCUCGUUGGGAUGGACAAGGAGGAGAAGGUCCGAGUCAUUCGCCACGUGGCCAAGCACAUGGCUCCUGGGAAUCUCUUGAUGCUGAGAAGCGCACAUGGGGCUAGGGCUUUUCUCUACCCUGUCGUUGACCCUUGUACGGAUCUAAAAGGCUUUGACGUUCUCUCCGUUUAUCACCCCACUGAUGAAGUGAUCAACUCUGUCGUUAUAGCGCGUAAGUAUUUGUACGAUGAUGAUCAUGAUCCGAUCGUGCUGCCGAUGCAAUCGUUGACGGUUGAGAAGAAGCAGGGGAUUAUUAAUGGUACCGGUACUGUUAGUGGACAAAUUGUGCUUCCUAGUAAGUGCUUUCAUGAGAUUGAGGCUUUCAGUCCUCUUAACAUCCACGGCAAGUACAUGGUUGAAGAACUGGCCUUUGAGGAGCAACUUUAAUUCAUCCAUCCAGUCCAU